AUGAACGAGCUGGAAGAGCAUCGACGAGCAAAAGAAGAGGAAGAACGUCGACCGAUCCAUAGGUACGAGGACGCUCGUCGGCAAGCCCGGGCCCGCAAGGAACUACAAGAACGUGCACGCAAGCAAGAGCAAGCUCAAGAAGAAGCGGCAGUGCAAGCGAGGAAGGCCGCAAUUGCAGAGAUGUCUCCCUCAGGAACGAUCCCCAAGGCCAAGUUUCCGCACUUGCUCAGCACCGCCCAUCAGCGUUGGGACUCGGGAUCUACGUUUUUGACUAAAUCUGUCACCACCAACAAGAACACAGCCGCAGGUGGUCCCUGUACCGGUAGUCCAGUUUCGUCCUUCAAGAACCCAAACGAAAUCGGAUUUCGGAAAGGAGAAAGCGACCACUGCUCUGAUAUCUCCAAGGUCAGCUGGGAUCCUCCCUACACAUACUGCGCCGCAUCCAUGCACAGCGAGCGCAAGCCCUUGCAUCUCUGCAAGUCAGAAGAGGAGGACAGCUCUACCCGUGGGAUGGAGAAGAAACAACUGCCCCAUCAUUCUAUU